UAUGGGGACGCUGUAUUUGGUGUUGACUGGAGUCUAGCACUCUAAUCGACGGAGCAGUUUGUGAUUUUACGACCCAAACUGACAUUUUGAUCGUACUAAAGAUUGUUAGCGUACAUAACUUAGUUACGUUUUGUCUGAAUUUUAUUUUCCCUCGUUUUCCGCAAUACUAAAGUAUUAUUAGCUCGCAGGCUAAGCUAACGGUAUGGAUAACAGUGAGGAAAACACUGUGGAGCUCCACGGAGACGAAGAGAUCAUCGAAGUUAUUGAUCUAAACGCAACGGAGCCGGGACCUGACGAUUUGGCUGAUGACUUAGAGGAUGUAGACUUUGAAGAUGCUGGAAAUGGAGAUGACUACAACGAAGGAUGGGAAACUGAAGACGAGAUGGAGGCUGAGGCGGAGCAAGAUGACAGCGAGCUCACCUUCUCCAAACACACUGGCUGUGUGUUUUGUGUAAGCUUGGAUCCAGCGACAAAUAGCUUAGCUGUGACAGGGGGAGAGGAUGACAAAGCUUAUGUGUGGAGGGUGAGCGAUGGAGAAGUCCUGUUUGAGUGCACUGGACACAAAGACUCGGUGACGUGUGUCUUGUUCAGCCAUGACUCUUCCAUGGUGGCAUCUGGUGACAUGAGUGGCCUGAUAAAGGUGUGGAAAGUUGAGACCAAGGAGGAGAUCUGGUCUUUUGAAGUGGGGGACCUGGAGUGGUUGGAGUGGCAUCCUUGCGCUCCGGUACUGCUUGCAGGAACAGACGAUGGUAAUAUGUGGAUGUGGAAGAUUCCGAGUGGAGAGUGUAAAACCUUCCAGAGUCCCGCAUGCCAAGCGACCAGCGGAAAAGUGCUCCCUGAUGGUAAGAGGGCGGUGGUGGGCUACGAGGACGGCACGGUACGGCUGUGGGACCUUAAGCAGUCCAAUGCCAUUCAUGUCAUCAAAGGUCAGGAUGGACACCAGGGGGCGCUGACCUGCCUAGCAUGCAACAAGGAUGGAUCUCUGGUGCUGACCGGCUCAGUGGAUGGUUUGACCAAACUUAUCAACACUGCAACCGGCAAGGUUGUUGGAGUAUUUUCUGUGGAGGGGGACAAAGCCAAAGGCUCAAAAGACGAGGAAGAAUCCAACUCCGUGGAAUCUGUGGGAUUCUGUAAUGUCUUGCCUCUAAUUGCUGUGGCUUAUCUGGAUGGCACACUAGCCAUAUAUGACCUCUCCACACAAGUCCUAAGGCAUAAAUGCCAACACGAGGCUGGCAUCGUCCACCUGCAGUGGGAGGAAACUUCCUCGGUGGUGGCCACCUGCAGCUUAGAUGGAGCAUUGCGCCUUUGGGACGCUCGCGCGGGCAACAUGGUGUCCGAGUACCGCGGCCAUACCUCCGAGAUCCUGGACUUCACCCUCAACAAAGAAGCAUCACUGGCUGUUACCGCCUCCGGAGACAACCAGGCGAAGGUCUUCUGCCUCCAAAGACCCGACCGGUAAGGAGACGGCAACGAGGAGAGGAAAGACUGGAGGACGAGAGAGGAAUCGUGAAGCAGAGGCGCAGGACAGACUUUACAUGUCCCAGUUUUAUGGGCGCCACAACCACAAUAAUCACACCUUCCUGUUCAUACUGCCUCUGGAAAGGACAUUUUCCAUCUCCUGCUUUUUUAGUUAGUUUUUUUUUUUUUUUCCCAAUGACCUUGCCUUCCAGUCUAACCUGCCUGUUUAGGAGUGUAGCAGGUGGUGGACAAAAGAUCCUUCAUUAUCUUUUCUGUUUCUUAACAAAGCAGGUGUGUUUGAUUAUUAAAAUUAUUAUUAUUUUG